AUGGCUGAGAAAGCUCGAUUCUUGAUUCCUUAUGCAAUAGGGAGGCAUGAGUUCCAUGUGUUAGAUGGUGAGCUGAAUGGUGAAGUCGACCUCCUGAAUAAGACAUGCACAUGCGGCGUGUUUCAGAUUAUUGGUAUCCCAUGUGCUCAUGCACUAUCUGGAUCCCUUAAGCGAGGGGUGAACUUUUAUUCGUUGUGUUCAGAUUACUAUAAAAUUGAGACAUGGAGGUCCUCUUACACAGAAUCUAUAUAUCCUACUGGUAACGAGGAAGAGUGGAUUGUUCCACAUGACAUUAUGACAAUAACAGUGAGAACACCUGCGCAGAAAAACCCGGUUGGUCGUCCAAAGAAGAAACAAGGUAGGCCUAAGAUGAAACGCCAUCCUUCCAAUGGAGAUAAAUUGGUUGCUCCACGCAAGUGCAUCACUUGUGGAGGUCUAGGCCAUAAUAGGGCAACUUGUAAAGUUCGUGUUUGA